AUGCCUUGUAUCCGGGCCGCGUAUGCGGGCACCCGCUUCAUCACUGUCAUCCUGUUGAGUGAUGUGUUGAAGUUUCUGGGCCAGCGUGAUCCAAAGGAGGCUGUGAACCUUGCAAGCGUGCAGGACUUCCUUUUCAAGUGCACCGAGGGUGACAUUGAAGCUCUCCAGAAAGAGGGUGGUGCGUUUUGCGCCACAGUUGGCCCCAACGACGUGAUGUACUUCCCUGCCGGCUGCAUGGUGAGCCAUCGAGUUCAUUCCCAGGACAUUGCUGGAGUGCGACUUGGCGUGCUCACCCAGGAUAUGUACAUGCAGUUUCUUCGCAUCGCCAAGUUGCAGGAUGAGAAUGGUUGCAUCGAAGAGGCGCUCAAGUUCCUGGCGAGCAAGAAUGUGGAGGGCAAGGAUGAGAGCUUGGCCCAGGAGGAGGAAGCGAAGCAGCAGGAAGCCAAACGUUUGGAGGAGGAGCGAAAAGCACAAGAGCAGGAAGCGAAGAAGCAGGAAGCCGAACGUGUGGCCGCCGAGGACGACAAGCGAAAGGCCGAGGCCGAGGAGGAGAAGCGAAAGGCAAAGGAGGACGAGGAAGCGAAGAGGAAGGAAGCCGAGGAGACGCGAAAGGCAGAGGAGGAAGCAAAGAGGAAGGAAGCCGCGCGUUUGGCUGAGGAGGAAAAACAAAAGGCAGAGGAGGAAGCGAAGAGGAAGGAAGGCGAACGUUUGGCCGAGCAGCAGCGAAAGGCAGAGGCUGAGGAGGAGGAAGCGAAAAGGAAGGAAGCCGAACGUUUGGCCGAGCAACAGCGAAAGGCAGAGGAGGAAGCGAAGAAGGAGGCGAGGGCAAAGGAAGCCGCGCGUUUGGCUGAGGAGGAAAAACAAAGGGCAGAGGAGGAAGCGAAGAGGAAGGAAGCCGAACGUAAGGCAGUGGAGGACGAGAAAGCGUGGAAGGAAGCCGAAC